UUGAACCUAACUCCAAAACGUGUCGGUCAACUCUUCAAGAACCUGAAACCCAAAACUCCAUAACUGUUGAAUCUUUAUGAUUAAAAAAUCCUCGAAAUCAAAGCAAUUCUGUUCCCUCUCCUCCCAUAAUCUCGUCUUCCUCAUCGAAGGUUUCACUAUCAAGAACAAAGCGGACACUCCACUUUCUCCGAUGAACAUUACUCUUUGACGGGGAGAGAAAUUAUUCGGAUUGAGAAAGAUUGAAUCCAUGUGUGAUAUUAGAUUCAUCAUUUAUCAUGUUGAAGAAGACCCAUCUUGAUUUUCUUUCCGAUUUUGUUCAUGGGUUUUUGUACACAAAUAUGUUUCCAGUUGUUGCUUCUCUCUGGUGUUUUCUCUCCAAGUUCAUUGCUUUUGUUUUCGGAUCAAAACUUGGACUUGUUUAGGUCUUCAGUUAAUGAAUGCUUUGAUGAGUUGAAAGAAAGACAGAGCUGUGAUCAAGGGAACAGAGAAGCAGAGAAUUCUUCUUCCAUGGUGGCGAGCUCAAGCAAGUAUGAGUUUUUGUAUAGGAAUGGCUUUACUGGAUUCAUUGAAGAACCCAAAGCUGAGAGCUUUACUGCUCAUGAGUUAUACCGAUCCUGGUGAUAGUUUUACUGUUGCAAAAGUUAUGGAGAAUUCUCUGGAAACAGAGGAGCUUGUCGAAGAGAAAUCAAACGAAGUUUCAUGCUUGAAAACGUUUUGGAGGAAGAGGAAGAACCAGAGGAAUCUGCUCUGAGGUUUUCCUUUGACUGGGGUUUUGUUAAACAUAUCAAACAAGAACAGUCAAUCGAUGCAAAGGCUAGAGUUGAGGAGGAAACAGAAGAUGUUAAAGAGACAGCAAAGGAUUAUGUUGUUGAAACGUUGUCGGAGGAACCAAAGCGUGUGAGGAUUGAAAAAGAAGACUUUUGAAGAAAAAGCAGAGGAAUCAGUUGAGAAUUACAUCAUCGAGGAGAGUUUAGACGAACACGGAAGUGACAUAGAAGAGAGAUUCGACAGCUUUUUCGAGAGUCCGGUGAUCGACAUGUACAUAGAAAAAUGGCAGCACGAAAGAGAGGAGCCUAACAAAGAAUGGUCGAUGUCUAGCCACAAACAAGGUCGAGGCUGAGUCAAUCACUUAUGAAAUAUCGGCAAUAGGAACAUCUCAGAUGAUGCAGCAGCAGCGGAUAUAAGUGGUCUCAUAAAUGAUUCCGACGAUGAAUUCAUAGAACUGUGUGUAAUGGGAGGAGGAGCACAGCCCGGAGAAGACUUAAACGCCGACGACGUCGAAGGUGAAGAAGACUUAAACGCCGACGACGUCGAAGGUGAUUCGGAGUUCGAGUCAGACGACGACGAUGAGGACGCCGAGUUUAUGGAGCGGCUGAGAAUGGAAAUGAAAAUGGCAAGAACCGGUGGACUUCCAACUAUUCUAGAAGAGUCCGACUCUCCUCCAAAGAUGGUGGAACAACUGGGGCCAUUAAAGAUUGAAGAAAAAUAUGAUCACAAGGAUCAUAUUGCCGAGAUUCAGAAGGUUUACAAGAGUUACCGUGAUAAGAUGAGGAAACUGGACAUUUUGAAUUCCCAGACCAUGCAUGCAAUCAGUUUACUGCAACUAAAAGACCCCGUUCGAGUAAGCGGAACAUCUGGAAAAGCUUCAGCGCCGGGAGUUAAGUCACUUCUGUCACAAAAUGUAUGGCUAUUGAAACAACGGAAGGCUGGAGCUGAGCCAAUGAAGUGAUUAGAGAUUUGCACAUAGAUUUUGAGACGGUCUAUGUUGGACAAGUAUGUCUUUCCUGGGAAAUACUUCACUGGCAAUAUGGAAAACUAAAAACGUUGGCGGAAUCUUACCACCUCGGUUCAUUAUA